CCCCUACAUAGAGCAUUACUUUAGACCAGAGCCUUAUGGCACCCUAUUCCCUACAUAGUGCACUACUUUAGACCAGGGCUCGUAGGGAAUAGGGGCCGAUUGAGGACGUAGCCAUGCCUGUUGACUGGAUGUGUUAGAAGUUAGGCCUGAUUCAGAUGAAUGUGGGUUUGUUAGCCUGGAUUAAUACAGCACUGUUUGUUAUUGUAGUUCUCAGCAGAUUUAGUUUAUCGUUCAGUUUCACAAGAAGUUCCUUCCUGGAAUGAUUCCUGAGGACAACACGGUGUUCUUCAGUGAGAGGUAGAGCUGCUUUGUUAGCCUGUCUGUCUCGGUCCAAUCAGAGACCUGGUGGAGAAGUGGUCUGGGAACAAUCAGACCACUGGGAAUGACUGCACAUUCACAACCUCACCAGGAGUGGGCGCUGGAGGACGACGCCCACAUCAACCACACAGCCAGGAGCAUCUUUCUACCUUUAGCUAGGAGAGCCUUUCUUCCUACCUUUUAGCUAGGAUAGUCUACUUUGUUUGUGUGAGCCUGUGAGUCCAGUCCUGGGUUGAGAUACAGCUUUGUUGUUGGUGAUUGGAGAAGAGAGGGUGAGAUUCCCAAAUCCAGACCACCAGGAGCGGAGAGACCGUGAAGACGGCUGCCCGAUCCGGAUCAGUUCACCAGAUCUUUAUUCUCACUAUUGCUGGCUUAAUUAGUAGUUAUCAGCUCAACCGUUGAGGUCCAUAGGCUAAAUAUAAAUGAUAUGCAGACACACUUUCAGGACUUCCCCCUGCUCAGUGUGAGGUGCUCUGUUCCCCUCCACGCCCCCUGCCGGUCUGGUGCAUGUUUUGGCGGCUCUGAGGACUGCAUGGCAGUGGAGUGAUCGUGGAGAGACCAGUGUACCACAAACUUAUGGACUUUGACAAGAGAGGAGGAGGAGGAGGAGGAAAGGGGGAGGCAGAGGAAGGGAAGAGGAUGUCAAAGUCUGGAGGGAGCCGGUCGGGGCAUAGCAGUCGCAGCUCGGGGAGCAACUCUGGGGUGCUCAUGGUGGGCCCUAACUUCCGGGUUGGGAAGAAGAUCGGCUGUGGGAACUUUGGAGAGCUUCGCCUUGGGAAGAACCUGUACACUAAUGAAUAUGUGGCCAUCAAACUGGAGCCCAUCAAGUCCCGGGCCCCACAGCUCCACCUGGAGUACAGGUUCUAUAAACAGCUGGGGAGUUCAGAGGGCGUCCCCCAGGUAUUCUACUUCGGACCCUGUGGGAAGUAUAAUGCCAUGGUUCUGGAGCUGCUGGGACCCAGUCUGGAAGACCUGUUUGAUCUGUGUGACAGAACCUUCUCCCUCAAGACCGUCCUCAUGAUCGCCAUUCAGCUGAUCACGCGGAUGGAGUUCGUCCACACCAGGAGUCUGAUCUACCGGGACGUGAAGCCAGAGAACUUCCUGGUUGGCCGGCCCGGCAGCAAGCGGCAGCACACCAUCCACAUCAUCGACUUCGGCCUGGCCAAAGAGUACAUCGACCCUGAGACCAAGAAACACAUCCCUUACAGGGAGCACAAGAGCCUGACGGGCACCGCACGUUACAUGAGCGUCAAUACUCACCUGGGCAAAGAACAAAGCAGGAGAGAUGACCUGGAAGCUCUAGGUCACAUGUUCAUGUACUUCCUGCGAGGCAGUCUGCCCUGGCAAGGCCUGAAGGCAGACACUCUGAAGGAGCGCUAUCAGAAGAUAGGUGACACCAAGAGAACCACGCCCAUCGAGGUGCUGUGUGAGAGCUUCCCAGAGAUGGCCACCUACCUGCGUUAUGUGGGUUCUCUGGACUUCUUGGAGAAGCCGGACUACGACUACUUACGGAAACUCUUCACCGACCUCUUCGAUAGCAACGGCUACGUCUUUGAUUACGAGUACGACUGGGUCGGCAAGCCACUGCCUACUCCCAUUGGUCCAGUCCCCAGUGAGACCCUCCUACAGUCCAGCAGUAGAGACAAGGCAACGCAGCAGACCAAAAACCAGUCGCCAGAACCCAAAGGAAGUGAGUCCCAGCCCACUCCAGUGACCAAUAGGGAGCUGCUGGGGUCUCGUCUAACAGCUGAUAGGCUGGGGGGCUCCGUCCAGGUGAUGAGUUCGACCAAUGGGGAGCUGAAUACAGACGAUCCGACUGCGGGCCACUCCAACGCCCCCAUCACCGCCCCGGCCGAGGUGGAGGUGGCCGACGACACAAAGUGCUGCUGUUUCUUUAAGAGGAGGACGAGGCGAGGCCUCCAGAGACACUAGUGAAGAGGAGAGGCCUCCAGAGACACUGGUGAAGAGGAGAGGCCUCCAGAGACACUAGUGAAGAGGAGAGGCCUCCAGAGACACUAGUGAAGAGGAGAGGCCUCCAGAGACACUAGUGAAGAGGAGAGGCCUCCAGAGACACUAGUGAGGGGGAGAGGCCUCCAGAGACACUAGUGAAGGGGAGAGGCCUCCAGAGACACUAGUGAAGGGGAGAGGCCUCCAGAGACACUAGUGAUGGGGAGAGGCCUCCAGAGACACUAGUGAAGGGGAGAGGCCUCCAGAGACACUAGUGAUGGGGAGAGGCCUCCAGAGACACUAGUGAAGAGGAGAGGCCUCCAGAGACACUAGUGAAGAGGAGAGGCCUCCAGAGACACUGGUGAAGAGGAGAGGCCUCCAGAGACACUAGUGAAGAGGAGAGGCCUCCAGAGACACUAGUGAAGAGGAGAGGCCUCCAGAGACACUAGUGAAGGGGAGAGGCCUCCAGAGACACUAGUGAAGGGGAGAGGCCUCCAGAGACACUAGUGAAGAGGAGAGGCCUCCAGGCGACACCGGUUGAAGGGGAGAGGCCUCCAGGCGACACUAGUGAAGGGGAGAGGCCUCCAGGCGACACUAGUGAAGGGGAGAGGCCUCCAGGCGACACUAGUGAAGGGGAGAGGCCUCCAGGCGACACUACUGAAGGGGAGAGGCCUCCAGAGACACUAGUGAAGAGGAGAGGCCUCCAGGCGACACCGGUUGAAGGGGAGAGGCCUCCAGGCGACACUAGUGAAGGGGAGAGGCCUCCAGGCGACACUAGUGAAGGGGAGAGGCCUCCAGGCGACACUAGUGAAGGGGAGAGGCCUCCAGGCGACACUAGUGAAGGGGAGAGGCCUCCAGAGACACUAGUGAAGAGGAGAGGCCUCCAGGCGACACUGGUGAAGGGGAGAGGCCUCCAGAGACACUGGUGAAGGGGAGAGGCCUCCAGAGACACUAGUGAAGGGGAGAGGCCUCCAGAGACACUAGUGAAGGGGAGAGGCCUCCAGAGACACUAGUGAAGGGGAGAGGCCUCCAGAGACACUAGUGAAGGGGAGAGGCCUCCAGAGACACUAGUGAAGGGGAGAGGCCUCCAGAGACACUAGUGAAGGGGAGAGGCCUCCAG